AUGAAUCUUUUACCUGCCGAAACAAAACUUGACAUCUUCAAAUGCCUCAAUUUCAACCAAUUGAACAACUUUCAACUGUCAAAUCGUCAUUUUUGCGAAUUGAUUGCCAAAUACAACAAGGAAUUGGCUAUAAAAGUGUUCUAUUCUGUUGAGUUGGUUGUUUGGAAAAAUUAUGUCUGCAAGGAUUUGGAGUAUAGUCGUAAAGAAUUGGAUUUGAAUUUGAGCGAGGAAAAUAAAUUAAAGGUACAUAAUUGGAGUGAGGGGCAACUCAAGGAACAGACAAAUCAAGGAACGACAACGCACGGAACAGACAAGCCAAGAAAAAGUCAAAAAGUCACCUUGACGACAAGUCAAGGAACAGACAGGUCAAGGAAUUAA